AUGCCUGCCCCGAUCCCACGCAUCUCCCCCGAGCUUCUGAGUAACAUCAUCUUUGGUGUGGUCAUGUUCUUCAUCGCCCUGUACGCUGUUUGGCAGACCCACCGAGCAAAUAGUCAACAUCCAGAAUCUGCCAUCGCACUUCCUAGACGGCAGACCGACGCCUCAGACCAGGUCUGA